UGGAAUGAUCCCAGAAAAAAGAAUGAACAGUGGACCAACGGUCCAAGGAAGUACAAAGUCGUCCUAAAACACAGAACCAUGGAGUCUGCAGUCAGCAGAAAACCCCCAUUUUCUGAACGGACUCUGGACACUGGCUACAAACAUAAGGAUAAGCGGAUUGUCAGUUUUCCUCAGUAUAAUACCCUCAAUGACCCACAUCUCUUCAACUACUAUUCCAAGAAGUUUGGACUCCAGAUGCAGCCACGUUGUCCUUCUCGUCCUAAGAGUGCUGUCCACCCGCAAUCAUCCUACUUUCGAACUGAACGUUCCAGGCCUGGAACAGCAACAGAUGGUGACAUAUUGUACAAAGUCACAGUGAAGACAGGAGAGAAGAAAGAUGCAGGUACUAGUGCAAAGGUUUUCCUUCAAAUGAAAGGAUCAAAAGGAAAAAUUAACAAGAAACAUCUGUGCAAGACAACUGUAUCAAGAAAAUUUGAGAAGCCCAUAGCCUUUCUGUUCACAAAGGGAUCAUCUUACACGUUUAAAAUCUAUGGACCAGAAAUUGGGGAACUCCAAAACAUCAUCUUAGAGCAUGAUGGUUUGGAAAAGCAGCAGGCAUGGUAUGUGGAAGAGGUUUCCAUCAUUAAUACUGCUCGGAACAAGUUGUGGACCAUUCCCUGCAAAAGCUGGCUAUCCCUGUUUCAUACAGAUUGCCAGCUGAGCCGCACAUUCUUUCCAGUCACUGGGAGACGUAAUGAAUACACUGUUUAUGAAGUUGUAACUGUAACGGGUGAUGUCCGAGGAGCCGGAACCGAUGCUAAUGUCUUUGUAACUCUCUUUGGCGAAUAUGGGAUCACACCAAAGGUGCACCUGACCAGCAAAAGUAGAACAGCCUUUGAGAAAAACAAAACUGAUGUUUUCCGGAUCAAGACCAACAAUGUGGGACCAAUAAAGAAAAUAAGGAUUGAACAUGACAACACAGGAAUGAGUGCCAGUUGGUUCUUGGAUCGGCUCGUGAUCACUGACAUGAACCGCCCCCACCUCCGUUUUUAUUUCCCCUGUAACCAGUGGCUUAGUAAAGAGGAAGGAGACGGACUCUAUGUGCGGGACCUGCUAGGAAGUUUGAACCCAAUGGAUGUACCUAAAUUAAACAAGUACAUCGUGAGUGUGUUUACAGGUGAUGUCAAAGGCAGUGGCACUGAUGCUGAUGUCUUCAUCAACAUUUUUGGUGAAAAUGGAGACACAGGUGAAAGACGACUGGACAAUGACAAAGACAAUUUUGAAAGAGGAAGUGAAGACAAGUUCACAAUUGAGUCACCCAAUUUGGGACGCCUGAAAAAAAUUACAAUUGGUCACAAUAGCAAAGGAUCCUCAGCUGGCUGGUUCCUGGACAAGGUGAUCAUAGAUGAUAUUGGAAAUAAAACCAUACAUGAGUUCCCAGUGAAUCGUUGGUUUGCACUAGAUGAAGAUGAUGGUAAAAUUCAACGCGACAUUCUGGUUGGAGGAAGUCAGACAACAGGGAUUGUUUACAAUGUUUCUGUAGUAACUGGUGAUAUCAGAGGAGCUGGGACUAACUCAAAAGUACACAUCAUUCUCCACGGAUCCAAGGGUCUUAAAAACAGUGGAAAAAUCUUCUUAGAAGGCGGCCAGUUUGAACGUAGCAUAACAGACAUCUUUAAUGUGGAGCUGGCUGCUCUCCUCAGCCCGCUGAGCAGAGUUACCAUCGGCCACGAUAACUGUGGUGUGAGCUCAGGAUGGUUCUGUGAAAAGAUUAUAGUUUACUGUGCAUUCACUGGCAUUGAACAGACAUUUCCCUGCGGAAAAUGGCUUGAUGAAGAUGAAGGAGAUGGACUGAUUGAGCGUGAACUCUAUGAAAUGGUUUCACUGCGACAGAAGAGACAGAAAAAAAAUCCAUGGUCAUUGUGGAUCUGGACAAGCGAUAUUAAGAAUGCAGGAACAGAUGCAAAUGUUUUCCUCCAGCUAUACGGUGACAAAGGGAAAUCAGAUGCAAUGUGCCUGGACAACAACUCUGACAACUUUGAGACUGGACAAACAGAUAAGUUUAUGAUUGAACUGCCAGACUUGGGAACCUUUUACAAGCUGAGAAUCUGGCACGAGAAACGACAUCCUUUUGCUGGUUGGCAUCUGAACAAAGUGACUCUAAUGAAAUCACUAACAAAGGAGAAAUAUAGCUUCAAAUGCGGCCGAUGGUUGGAUAUCAAUGAAGAUGAUAAUGAGAUCAUACGGGAGCUGCCUGCUGAGGGGGAUUGUGUUGAUGAAGUCCAACCCUUGGUGAAAUACCGGGUUAUCAUCUACACUGGCAAAGUGGGCGGCAGUGGCACAGAUGCCAAUGUCUUCAUUUGCCUGAUCGGCCUGCAGGGAGACACGGGGGACCGCGUGCUUUAUGACAGCAAGAAUAAUGUCAACAAAUUUGAGAAGGGCAAUGCAGAUGAGUUUAUCAUUGAGGCAGUAAGUCUGAAGAAAGUGACGAGGGUGAGAAUAGGACAUGAUGGGAGAGGUGGAAGUUGUGGCUGGUACCUAGACAAGGUGGUCGUCAAAGAGGAAGGAGCUCCAGAGGUGCAGGCUGUGGAAUUCCCAUGUUACAGGUGGCUGGAUAAAGGUGAGGAUGAUGGCCAAAUUGUUCGAGAGCUGGUUCCACGUGGAGAUGCUCAGAUGCUUAAAAAUAUCCGUUACCAUGUUGUAGUGAAGACAGGCAAUGUGUCUGGAGCUAGCAGUGAUUCAAAAGUUUUCAUCAAACUAUAUGGAGAGAAGGGAGAUACCAGCAAGCAUUCUCUAGCCAUCUCUGACAAUGACUUGGGAAAUUACUUUGAACAGGGCCGUGUGGAUGUUUUCAUUAUUGACACAAUGGACAUUGGAAAACUAAACCGUUUGUUGAUCGGACAUGACAAUGUGGGUCUACGAGCUGGUUGGUUCCUGGAUAGCAUCCAAGUCAAGGUUCCUGUACAUGGGAAAGAGUACAUGUUCCCUGCUCAUCGAUGGUUGUGCAAGGACGAGGCAGAUGGCAAGACAGAGAUUGAAAUAUAUCCCAGUGAGAUCACAGAUAUUGAAAAAUUGAUCAACUACGAAGUUGCGGUAUGCACAGGGAACGUCACUGGAGCUGGCACCGAUGCCAAAGUCUUCAUCCAGAUUUAUGGAGAGCUUGGAAAGACAGAAGUAAUCCACCUCCGAAGUCGAUCAGACAAUUUUGUGCGAGGAGCGACGGAAAUGUUUAAGAUUGAGGCCCAGAAUGUCGGCAAGUUGAUUAAACUCCGAAUUGGUCAUGAUGGAAGUGGCUUAGCUCCAGGCUGGUUCCUGGAAUCAGUCACAAUCAGUCGACUAAACUUCAGGGUCGUGGAUGAUGACAAGAAGAAAAAGAAAAAGAAGAAGAAGGUUGAAAAGGAUGCUGAUGGCCUGCAAGAUGAGGUAGUGGAGACCUACAUCUUCAACUGUCAGCGCUGGCUUGCCAGAGAUGAGGGAGACAGAGAACUUGUGGUGGAGCUCGUGCCAGAGGACCACAAUGACCUGGAAGAAAACUCGUACACAGUUCAUGUAAUUACUGGAAAUGUCAUGGGUGCAGGAACAGAUGCCAAUGUCUUCAUUAACAUCUACAGUGAGACAACGGACACUGGAGAACGUUGCCUAAAGAUGUCAAACCAUCUCAACAAGUUUGAAAGAGGACAGGAAGAUAUAUUUUUGAUCAAAGCCAUUGACCUUGGUGUAUUAAGGAAACUACGCAUUCGGCAUGAUAAUACGGGAGGAAAUGCUGCCUGGUUUCUGGAUAGGGUGGAAAUUGUUGAUGAAAAGGAUGACACCACGUAUUUCUUCCCUUGUGAACGAUGGUUAGCUGUUGAUGAAGAUGAUGGCCAGAUAGCAAGAGAGCUCGUUCCUGUAGAUGAGGCAUUCCUGAACAAAGAUUCUGACAGAGCAAAUAAAUCUCAGGCAACACUCGGCCUUGAACAGAAAGCUCAGUCCACCACCUACACUGUGAGGGUAAAGACUGGGGAGAAGAAGAAUGCUGGAACAGAUGCCAAUGUGUUCAUCACCCUGUUUGGUGAGAAGGAUGACACAGGAAUUGUCAACCUCAAGGCGUCAAAAACGUACAAAAAUAAGUUUGAGAAAGGAAAUACUGAUGAAUUCACUAUCGAGGCUGUGGACAUUGGACCACUGAAAAAAAUCCGAAUUGGACAUGAUAAUCGUGGAGGCUGUGCUGGUUGGUUUUUGGAUUGGGUAGAAAUUGAUGCCCCAUCACUUGGACAAAUACUGCGCUUCCCAUGUGGACGUUGGUUGGAUAAAGCUGAGGAUGAUGGAUAUAUAGUACGGGAUCUCUUCCCUGCAGAUCUACAAACUAAAGACUAUGUUCCAUUUGUUCCAUAUGAGAUCACUGUUUACACCUCUGAUAUUUAUGGAGCUGGCACUGAUGCUGAUGUCUUCAUCGUCCUUUAUGGAAGAGAUGGUGUUUGUACCCAUCAGAAGUCUUUAUGUGUUAACAAGCGGGAGCGAAAGACGUACUUUGAAAGAGGCGCUGUAAAUAAGUUUAUUGUCGAGUUGGAGGAUGUUGGUGAGUGCAUCGAGAAGAUUCGAAUUGGACACGAUGGUCGAGGCCUCAACUCUGGGUGGCACUUGGACCGUGUGGCAAUCCGACGACUCCUGCAGAAGGGGAAGGGCUCAGAGACAAUUAUUUUCCCCUGUGAACGCUGGCUAGCAAAGUCGGAAGAUGAUGGAGAAAUCAUCCGAGAGCUGGUGCCUUUGGAGAUCAUUCAGAAGAAGCUGCUGAAAGAUGGGACACUGAAGCAUAGUGAGUCUACAGUGGAGGAUGCCCUGGAAAUGCACACAUACAAGAUUUCUGUGUACACGGGUGAUGUCUACAGAGCAGGAACGGAUGCAAAUGUUUUCCUCACUAUCUAUGGGGAUCUGGGAGACACUGGAGAAAGGAAGCUGAGCAAAUCAGAGACACACUCCAAUAAGUUUGAACGAAACCAGGUCGACACAUUCACAAUAGAAGCUGUUGACCUCGGACAAGUUUUCAAAAUCAAGAUUCGUCAUGACAACGCUAUGGCAAGUCCUGAUUGGUAUUUGGAGAAAGUGGAGGUGGUUGAUGUGGAUUCGGAAGAGAGCUACUUAUUCAUUUGUGAACGCUGGCUUUCAAAGACAAAGGAGGACAAGAAAAUUGAAAGAACACUGUUUGUGAAGGGUUAUGAGGGAGAUCGAUCAAGUAUCUACAGUUCUGCUAAAAGCUUACAUGGUUCCUCGUUGAGUGUCCAGAACAUCAACAGUAGUGCCCUAACCAAGAAGGGUAAACGGAAAAGCAUUAUUGAAGACACAAUUGAGGAAGGACCUAACAUUCCUUACCACAUAACAAUUACCACAGGCCAGGAAAGAGAUGCUGGUACCAAUAGCCGUGUAUAUAUCAUCAUCAUGGGACCCAUGAAGAUUCAGACUUCACGAAUGUGGCUGGAGCUUCCCGAAGGCAAAACUGCAUUUCUUCCAGGAUCCAUGGAAAAGUUUCAGGUGAUGGGGUUAGACGUUGGCGAGAUUAAGAAAAUUGAGGUGGGUCACGAUGGUGCCACUCCAGAGAGUUGCUGGUUAGUGGAAGAACUGGAAAUCUCAGUGCCUACUAAAGGUAUCAUGUAUGUCUUUCGUUGCAAAUGCUGGCUUGCCAAAGACCGGGCUGAUGGACUGACAGCACGGGUGUUCAACAUCCUCGAUGCGGAAGCUGUGCAGAUUGGACAUAAGAUCUCUUAUGAAGUAACUGUGGUUACUGGUGACGUCCAAAAUGGUGGGACGGAUGCCAACAUUUACAUGUCUGUCUUUGGAGCCAAUGGAAGCACAGAGGAGAUGUUACUUGACAAAAAUGGAGGCAGAUUCGAAAGAGGCCAAGAGGAUACCUUCUCCAUGGUGAUUGCAGAUAUUGCUCCUCUCCGGAAAAUAAGGAUUCGCACUGAUACUAAAGGAUAUCGUCCCGACUGGUUCCUGGAUAAGAUUAUCAUGCUGAACCAGGCCACCCAGGAAGUGACCACAUUUUCCUACAAUGACUGGCUGUCCAAAACACGGGGCACGAAGAGAUCAACUAUCUGUGAGCUGGCGGCAGUGAUUGGCGAUGAAGUGAUGAUGGAGAAUACCACCUACAUCAUUACUGUAAAAACCAGCGAUGUUGCAGGGGCGGGAACUGAUGCCAAUGUAUUCCUUAUCAUCUUCGGAGAGCACGGUGACACUGGCACCCUGGCACUGAAACAGUCUAAUAAUUCCAACAAGUUUGAGCGGAAAUCCAUGGAUAUUUUUAAGUUCACAGAUAUGUUAAGCCUGGGAGACCUAUCUAAGGUCCGAAUUUGGCAUGACAACAAGGGACCAGGAGCUGGCUGGCACUUAGAGUAUGUUGAAGUAAAGGAUGAAGCCAUGGAGGAAACAUUCCGAUUCCCCUGUGACCGCUGGCUUGCCAAAAGUGAGGAUGAUGGGCAGAUCAUCCGUGAACUCCCCUGCGCCAAUAAUGACAUUUUAGACCUUUCGGACCGCACAUGCUAUGAAAUCCUGACUGUGACUGGUGAGGGGGAUGAUGCUGAGACUAAGGAAAAUGUCUGGGUUAUAUUUGAAGGGAAGAAAGGAAAAUCCAAAGAAUUCACACUGGAAAACUCCUCCAAAAAAAGAAAAUUCCUGAGAGGUGCUAAGGACAAAUUCGAAUUUUCUUCAAAGAACGUUGGAGAUAUAGCAACGAUCUGUGUAGGUCACUGUCCACGAGAUGGAAGGAAAUUUACUUCAAAAAAUGCUGUGGAAUGGCAUGUUAAGGAGAUUAUCGUUACAGAAAAGGAACUUGGUAACAAGUAUGUGUUCCAAUGUAAUGCAAGAAUAAAGCUGAGCCAUAAAAAAGAUGAAUUCAAGGCCUUUGAGUGUACAAAAAUCGUAGAGAGCUUUGCCAGUAAAGUCCGCAGUUUAGUACCUGUUAAAUAUGAGAUUAUUGUCAUCACUGGAGAUGUAAAAGGUGCUGGAACUGAUGCCAAUGUAUCCAUCACCAUUUAUGGAACAAAUGGGGACUCAGGCAGUCGCAGACUGAAGCACAAAUUCCGGAAUCUGUUUGAGCGGGGCAACACGGAUCGGUUCAUUCUUGAAAUGUUGGAUCUAGGGGAGUUACACAAGGUGAAAAUUGAGCAUGACAACAGCAACGCAAAUGCAGGCUGGAUGCUGGAGCAUAUCGAGAUCACCAACACCGCCACGGGAGUGACGACCAUCUUCCCAUGUGGCAAAUGGCUGGACAAGAAAAAAGGAGAUGGGCAAAUAUUUAGAGAACUAUUCCCAAAGUAUUAACUUGUGUCAAAAACAUUGUCCCCUUUUUGAUGUUUUCAACUCUUUGCCGGAAGGUGCUGAUUCUUGUUGUGGAUUGGUUCCACAGUGACCUUACAACAAUAGUUCACUUUCUCAGAUGACCUUUGACGUAGAGUGCCAGCAGACUAUCCAACAACAGCGGCAUCAGAGCUGAGCCCAAAUUUACUCUUGACCAGUGUCCUAUCACAACUGGAAUCUAAAUGUGGAAAGCUGGUAAUGUACUCAUGAUAAUGUGAAGCACCAGUGACAGGUGUUUGCCAUGUCAAGGGGACUGUGUGCCUUCAUUUAAAACGGUGGAAACUAAUACUUAGUGAUUUAGGUUGGGACAGGAAAUGGGAAUGUGGGAAGGAUCUCUGACUUUCAGAGUGUGAUUGUUUAAUGAUCUUUAAAUUAAGCCAGAUGCACAGGUGCUUCUACAUGAUCAAAAGAUUUUCUCACAUGAGAAUGGUGGCCUUUCAUUGCUGCUCUCCCUCUCUUGCCGUGCCUUUGGGCUUUGAUGCUGGUUCCUGGGUUUAUUUUACAGACCAGCAUUUACUUGAGUUCCUGCUGUCUUCACCUGACUGUAGGCCAUGUUGUUUUAGAUUCAUGAAUUCAGCUGGCAGUGAGUUGAGUUGAGUCCAAAGUGUGAGUGUGGCCUUCUGAUUUCCCAACCAGAAAAUUGGAUUUUUUUUCCCUCCACCAUGAACUAUUACCAAAGUGUGGAAAAAGAAAAUGAAUCAGUAAUACACACGGAGGUUUCAGUCAUACAAGUGUACAACAAGAAACAAUCGUUUAUGCCACACUCAUCAGCUUUCACAGAUCAAACAGCCACUGACAGGCAAUAGUGAGGUGUCAAACGUCAAGAUGGUCCCGUAAAAAUCUCUUCUGUCUCUAUGAGACUACAAAAGUUCGCCUCCAGGUUAAUUUAGUUAAUCUCAUUCUCUUUAUGAACCCCUUAACCCUACUCCCAUGCUGCACCCUCUCAAUAACCUCUGACCUUGCUGUACCACUUCCUCUGAUCUUGCUGUGCAAUCUCCAGUGACCUCCGACCUUGCUAUGCCACCUCCAGUGAUUUUCUGGGCUCUCCCAACAACCUUAUGUCACUCUCCUGACCUGUCAUUUCAAAGAAUUCCAGAUGGUGGUGACUGUUUGUUUUGCUUGGUUCUCAAUCAGUACUAGUGCACUCAAGAGGACAUUGGAUGAUUAUUUAAAUAAAAACAAAUUGCAGGGUUCAGGGUAAAAGGAAGGAGUUUGGCACAGAGGUUUAUUUUUUCAUUCCUGGGAUGUGGGUGUCGCUGGCCAAGCCAGGAUUUAUUGCCCGUCCCUAAUUACCCAGAGGGUAACUGCUGUGGGUGUAGAAUCACUUGUAGGCCAAAUCAGGUAAGGAUGGCAGUUUCCUUCCCUAAAGAACAUUAGUCAACCAGGUGGUUUUUCUGACAAUCAGCAAUUAGGUCACCUUUAGAUUUUUAAUUCUGGAUUUUUAUUGAAUUCAAAUUCAACAUCUGCUGUAGUGGGAUUCAGAUCCACCUCCCAAGAAAAAUAUCUUAACAAUCCAAUGAUAAUACCGCUGGGCUGUUGCCUUCAUGUUAAAACACCCAGACAGCUGAUGCAGACACAUGGGGAGAAUGGCCUGCUCUGCUCCAUAACUAUUCUAAGCGUCUGUGAUAAGGAUCCCUGUGAUUCAUGACUUCCCUGAGGUGGCAUGAAUCACCUCUGGUGACAAAUUGGAACAGGCUCCAUCAAAGUUGAGGAAGAUUUUGAACUGCUCACCCAUAAUCAGGCAGCAACAACAGGAGUUAAUAUUUUGGGCCCAGUGACUCUUCCUCAGAACCCCUCCCUUCCCUUCUCUGCCUUCUGCACGGACCGUUCCAUCCAGGACACCCUGAUCCACACUUCCUUCACCCCCAACACCCCCACAGCCCCACGGCACCUUGCCCUACAACCAGCGAAGGUGCAACACCUGCCCAUUUACCUCCUCCCUCCCCUGUAGAAGCAACACUUCACCUGCACUUCUCAGAAUCUACUCUACUGCAUUUGCUGCUCACCAGUGUGGUCUCCCCUACAUUGGGGAAACGAAGCAUAGUCUGAGUGAUCACUUUGCAGAACAUCUAUGUUCUGCUCACAAAAAAGACCCUGUUCUACCUGUUGCCUGCCACUUCAAUGCACCACCGUGCUCACUGGCCAACAUCUCUGUCUCUGGCUUGUUGCAGUGUUCCAGUGAAGCUCAGGCAAGCUGGAAGAACAACACCCCAUUUUCCGCUCGGGGACGCUGCAGCCCUCCGGGCUCAAUAUCAAAUUCAAUAAUUUUAGGGCCUAAACUCUCCCAUGUCCUAGCCCCCUACCCCACACACCAGGCCAUGUUACCACAUACACUGCCAUUACACUACUACCUAUUAUUAGUCACUAACAGUUCCCAUUAACAGCUAUUCACCCUCCCAGUUGGAUUGUUAUCAACUCCUUUGUCUGUUCAACUGUUCUUCUGUCUCUUCGGGCUCUAUCCUAUGGUUUAUUCCCUACUCCAUCCCUCUCCCUAUUUUCUGCAUAUAAACCGACGUUUGCCCAGCUACAAUCAGUUCUGAGGAAGGGUCACCGGACUUGAAACAUUAACUCUGAUUUUUUUUCUUCACAGAUGCUGCCAGACCUGCUGAGCUUUUCCAGCAACUUCUGUUUUUUGUUCCUGAUUUACAGCAUCCACACUUCCUUCACCCCCAACACCCCCACAGCCCCACGGCACCUUCCCCUACAACCAGCGGAGGUGCAACACCUGCCCAUUUACCUCUGUGGUACAGCAUCUGUGAAGAAGGGGGCUUUAAUUUAGCAUCAGCAGGAUUUCUGAUUUUUCUGUAUCCCACUCCAGCAAAUAUUUCUGGUGACAGCGGUGAGGGCUAUAAGUUCAUAUUUGGAUCCUAGACGCCAAUUUCAAAAACUUGGAGGCCUCCAGCACCAACUGGGGGUUGUAGUAAAAUUUAACAACAACAGGAUAGGAGUUAGGAUAAAAACUGAAAGAACUGUGCCACUUUUGGAAUACCGCAUUCAGUUCUGGUCUCCCUGUCGUAGGAAAGAUGUUGUGAAACUUGAAAGGGUUCAGAAAAGAUUUACAAGGAUGUUGCCAGGGUUGGAAGAUUCAAGUAACAGGGAGAGGCUGAAUAGGCUGGGCCUAUUUUGCCUAGAGCAUCAGAGGCUGGGGGUGACCUUAUAGAGAUUUAUAAAAUUAUAAGGAUAAUGGAUACGGUGAAUAGCCAAAGUCCUUUUCCCAGACUAGGGGAGUACAAAAGUAGUGAGCAUAGGUUUAAAGUGAGAGGGGCAAGAUUUAAAAGGUGCUACUUCUUCACACAGAAGGAGGUGCAUGAAUGGAAUGAGCUGCCAGAUGAAAUGGUGGAGGCUGGUACAAUUGCCACAUUUAAAAAACAUCUGAUAGUUACAUGAAUGAGAAUGGUUUGGAGGGACAUGGGCUAAAUGCAGGGAGUAGAUUAAUUUGGGAUUUCUGGUCAUCUUGGACGAGUUGCAACAAAGAGCCUAUUUCCAUGCUGUACAACUCUAUGAUUCUGUGACACUGGUCUCAUUCUUCACUCAUCCUGCAGGGGUCAGUGCUGAGCAUGGGCUAAGUACCCCAACAGGAAGGGGAGGGAGGAGAUCAAAGGGAAAACUUCGCCCAGCUCCACCACAGUCUGCCUCCCAGAAAACCAGGGAAGCUACAACAGGAAAGAAAAUUCCAAUCAUUUCUUUGCUUUAUCUGUGGGUGCUGAUUGUGUAUUGUAACUUUGCCAAUUAAUGCAUUGUGUCGCAACUAGCAGUGAGAUAGACUGCCAGUCACAAUGAGACCAGGGUUUAGUAAGAUAAUAAAAUGUGAGGCUGGAUGGACACAGCAGGCCACGCAGCAUCUCAGGAAUUUAGUAACAUGCUUCUCACAUAAGACUGAAGAGAUGUCUUCACUACUAAACAAUUUGUUUGCUUUGGUUUCUGCACCAUCAAAAAAAUUGACUCAGAAACCAGUAGGUAUUAUCAAAAAUCGGAAGGCAGACUCCUUCAAGUGCACAUGGCCAGAUUUAAAAAUACAGGCAAGAGAAUUAAAGUUUUAUGUCAUCUACUGAAGAGCAAAGACCCACAAUGGAAACAAUUAACAAGUCUAAUAAUUGAAUGUUAGCACCCAACAUGUAGAGCUGGAUUUUCACGAUUACAGCCUGGGUAAAGUCACGUGUAAAGAGGAACAUCAAAUGGGAGCACAUCAAAUCUCUAAGUGAAAUACAUGUUGGCCAUUAAUUGAAAUGGCUGGGGUCUCAGCCAGACUGGGCCUCCCCUUUAUCAUUCAACCAUGUUCAAAUUUCCUUUCUAUGCUCUACACUUUAAACCAAAGGUGCAAAUAUGCCCCAUACAUUACUGCGUUAAAGACACAGAACUGGAGGGAAGGUCAGGUGUGCACACUGAACAGAUUGGAUGGACUGCAUUUUUAACAAGCACAGCAAAGCAUGUCCAUCGCCCUGAGUCAGGUUUGGUUAAGUAGUACACAUCCCUGUUCCCUGUUCUUCAUUAAAGUUUGGCAGUCUGUCCAAUUGUUAGUUCUGCACAUAGCAUACUAGAUCAGUACAAGCUGCCUCGACUGGCAUAGCGAGAGGCAGAUCUUUACUGUUCACGUUGCAGGAUAACAAA